AUGGGUUGUACUCAUAGCAAGAAAAACUCGAAAAUUUCUUCAGAUAAACCAGUUCCAAAAGUAAUUAGUGUGCCUCUUUCUCAAUCUCGGCCACCUAGUGUACAGUAUUCGAUCUCGACAACCUCAUUAAGCAGUGACAAGACGGAACGGAACUCACGACAGUCAAAAUCAAAACAUGAUAAAAUCAAGGUUUCCCCGCCAAAAGAGUUGGCAACACCAAAAACUGCAUCCGUUUACAAGGAGCACGAAAGAAACGUGGAGUAUUAUCCCGAUGAGCUACUAGUAUCUACGCCGGUUCAUACAUCCCCAAGACCGGAUCCCAUCGAAGCUGCUCGAGAGGCAGCACGAGAAGCCGCUCGUGAAGCUGCAAGAGAAGCAGCUCGAGAAGCGGCGCGUGAAGCUGCCAAAGAAGCGAGAAAAGAACGACGACGCAGAGAGGAAAGACAUAGGAACAGGCAUCAUCCACGUAAGUUUAUCAUUUCGUAACA